AUGUGCUUGGACACCGGGGCAAGCGCAUUUGCACGUGGGGGGUUGCCCAAACGUAAGUCAUCUCGGUGGGAGAUAGAGUUCACAAGGCUGGAAGUGACUUGUAGGGCAUUAAGAGGUGCAAUUAAACCCAAAUCGGGAGGGUGGGUUCUGAAAAAUUUUGAUCGAGAGGUAGGUUCCCCUAUAGAAGCCGAGGAAUUCGAUUCUAACUCGGUGUCCGCUUUGAGCGGUCCUCAACCGCCACCGAGUCAUGAGCAAGAGAGGGGACAAGACUACGUGCAACUCCGGUAA